AGUGAAAGCAAGUUGAAUACAUUGGUGCAGAAGCUUCAUGACUUCCUUGCACACUCAUCAGAAGAAUCUGAAGAAACAAGUUCUCCUCCACGACUUGCAAUGAAUCAAAACACAGUCUAGCCUAAAGUUUGUUCAUCUUUUCUUCCCCCGCAGAUAAAAUCAGUGGUUCUGGAAGUAACUCUGAUAUGAUGGAAAACAGCAAGGAAGAGGGAACUAGCUCUUCAGAAAAAUCCAAGUCUUCAGGAUCGUCACGAUCAAAGAGGAAACCUUCAAUUGUAACAAAGUAUGUAGAAUCAGAUGAUGAAAAACCUUUGGAUGACGAAACUGUAAAUGAAGAUGCAUCUAAUGAAAAUUCAGAAAAUGAUAUUACUAUGCAAAGCUUGCCAAAAGGUACAGUGAUUGUACAGCCAGAGCCAGUGCUGAAUGAAGACAAAGAUGAUUUUAAAGGGCCUGAAUUUAGAAGCAGAAGUAAAAUGAAAACUGAAAAUCUCAAAAAACGCGGAGAAGAUGGGCUUCAUGGAAUUGUGAGCUGCACUGCUUGUGGACAACAGGUCAAUCAUUUUCAAAAAGAUUCCAUUUAUAGACACCCUUCAUUGCAAGUUCUUAUUUGUAAGAAUUGCUUUAAGUAUUACAUGAGUGAUGAUAUUAGCCGUGACUCAGAUGGAAUGGAUGAACAAUGUAGAUGGUGUGCGGAAGGUGGAAACUUGAUUUGUUGUGACUUUUGCCAUAAUGCUUUCUGCAAGAAAUGCAUUCUACGCAACCUUGGUCGAAAGGAGUUGUCCACAAUAAUGGAUGAAAACAACCAAUGGUAUUGCUACAUUUGUCACCCAGAGCCUUUGUUGGACUUGGUCACUGCAUGUAACAGCGUAUUUGAGAAUUUGGAACAGUUGUUGCAGCAAAAUAAGAAGAAGAUAAAAGUUGACAGUGAAAAGAGUAAUAAAGUAUAUGAACAUACAUCCAGAUUUUCUCCAAAGAAGGCUAGUUCAAAUUGUAAUGGAGAAGAAAAGAAAUUAGAUGAUUCCUGUUCUGGCUCUGUAACCUACUCUUAUUCCGCACUAAUUGUGCCCAAAGAGAUGAUUAAGAAGGCAAAAAAACUGAUCGAGACCACAGCCAACAUGAACUCCAGUUAUGUUAAAUUUUUAAAGCAGGCAACAGAUAAUUCAGAAAUCAGUUCUGCUACAAAAUUACGUCAGCUUAAGGCUUUUAAGUCUGUGUUGGCUGAUAUUAAGAAGGCUCAUCUUGCAUUGGAAGAAGACUUAAAUUCGGAGUUUCGAGCGUUGGAUGCUGUAAAUAAAGAGAAAAAUACCAAAGAGCAUAAAGUCAUAGAUGCUAAGUUUGAAACAAAAGCACGAAAAGGAGAAAAACCUUGUGCUUUGGAAAGGAAAGAUAUUUCAAAGUCAGAAGCUAAACUUUCAAGAAAACAGGUAGAUAGUGAGCACAUGGAUCAGAAUGUUCCAACAGAGGAACAAAGAGCAAAUAAAAGUACUGGUGGUGAACAUAAGAAAUCUGAUAGAAAAGAAGAACCUCAGUAUGAACCUGCCAACACUUCAGAAGACUUAGACAUGGAUAUUGUAUCUGUUCCUUCCUCAGUUCCAGAAGACAUUUUUGAGAAUCUUGAGACUGCUAUGGAAGUUCAGAGUUCAGUUGAUCAUCAAGGGGAUGGCAGCAGUGGAACUGAACAAGAACUGGAGAGUGCAUCUGUAAAAUUAAAUAUUUCUUCAAAAGACAACAGAGGAGGUAUUAAAUCAAAAACUACAGCUAAAGUAACAAAAGAAUUAUAUGUUAAACUCACCCCUGUUUCCCUUUCUAAUUCCCCAAUUAAAGGUGCUGAUUGUCAGGAAGUUCCACAAGAUAAAGAUGGCUAUAAAAGUUGUGGUCUGAACCCCAAGUUAGAGAAAUGUGGACUUGGACAGGAAAACAGUGAUAAUGAGCAUUUGGUUGAAAAUGAAGUUUCAUUACUUUUAGAGGAAUCUGAUCUUCGAAGAUCCCCACGUGUAAAGACUACACCCUUGAGGCGACAGACAGAAACCAACCCUGUAACAUCUAAUUCAGAUGAAGAAUGUAAUGAAACAGUUAAGGAGAAACAAAAACUACCCGUUCCAGUGAGAAAAAAGGAUAAGCGAAAUUCUUCUGACAGUGCUAUAGAUAAUCCUAAACCUAAUAAAUUGGCAAAAUCUAAGCAAUCAGAGACUGUGGAUCAAAAUUCAGAUUCUGAUGAAAUGCUAGCAAUCCUCAAAGAGGUAAGCAGGAUGAGUCACAGUUCUUCUUCAGAUACUGAUGUUAAUGAAAUUCAUACAAACCAUAAGACUUUGUAUGAUUUAAAGACUCAGGUUGGGAAAGCUGAUAAAGGAAAAAGGAAACGAAAAAGUUCUACAUCUGGCUCCGAUUUUGAUACUAAAAAAGGCAAAUCAGCUAAGAGCGCUAUAAUUUCUAAAAAGAAACGACAAACCCAGUCUGAGUCUUCUAAUUAUGACUCAGAAUUAGAAAAAGAGAUAAAGAGCAUGAGUAAAAUUGGUGCUGCCAGAACCACCAAAAAAAGAAUUCCAAAUACAAAAGAUUUUGACUCUUCCGAAGAUGAAAAACACAGCAAAAAAGGAAUGGAUAAUCAAGGGCACAAAGGUUUGAAGACCUCGCAAGAAGGAUCAUCUGAUGAUGCUGAAAGGAAACAAGACAGAGAGAAUUUCUCUUCAGCAGAAGGCACAGUUGAUAAAGACACGACCAUCAUGGAAUUAAGAGAUCGACUUCCUAAGAAGCAGCAAGCAAGUGCUUCCUCUGAUGGUGUCGAUAAGCUUUCUGGGAAAGAGGAGAGUUUUACUUCUUUGGAAGUCAGAAAAGUUGCUGAAACUAAAGAAAAGAGCAAGCAUCUCAAAACCAAAACAUGUAAAAAAGUACAGGAUGGCUUAUCUGAUAUUGCCGAGAAAUUCCUAAAGAAAGACCAGAGUGAUGAAACUUCUGAAGAUGAUAAGCAGAGCAAAAAGGGAGAUGAAGAAAAAAAGGAAAUUUCAGACUUUAAGAAAAAAGUAAUUAAAAUGGAACAACAGUAUGAAUCUUCAUCUGAUGGCACUGAGAAGUUACCUGAGCGAGAAGAAAUUUGUCAUUUUCCUAAGGGCAUAAAACAAAAUAAGAAUGAAACAACUGAUGGAGAAAAGAAAAGUAAAAAAAUAAGAGAUAAAACUUCUAAAAAGAAGGAUGAAUUAUCUGAUUAUGCUGAGAAAUCAACAGGGAAAGGAGAUAGUUGUGACUCUUCAGAGGAUAAAAAGAGUAAGAAUGGAGCAUAUGGUAGAGAGAAGAAAAGGUGCAAGUUGCUUGGAAAGAGUCCAAGGAAGAGACAAGAUUGUUCAUCAUCUGAUACUGAGAAAUAUUCCAUGAAAGAAGAUGGUUGUAACUCUUCUGAUAAGAGAUUGAAAAGAAUAGAAUUGAGGGAAAGAAGAAAUUUAAGUUCAAAGAGAAAUACUAAGGAAAUACAAAGUGGCUCAUCAUCAUCUGAUGCUGAGGAAAGUUCUGAAGAUAAAAAGAAGAAGCAAAGAACUUCAUCUAAAAAGAAGGCAGUCAUUGUCAAGGAGAAAAAGAGAAACUCCCUGAGAACAAGCACUAAAAGGAAGCAAGCCGACAUUACAUCCUCAUCUUCUGAUGUAGAAGAUGAUGAUCAGAAUUCUAUAGGCGAGGGAAGCAGUGAUGAACAGAAAAUUAAGCCCGUGACUGAAAAUUUAGUGCUGUCUUCACAUACUGGAUUUUGCCAAUCUUCAGGAGAUGAAGCCUUAUCUAAAUCAGUGCCUGUCACAGUGGAUGAUGAUGAUGACGACAAUGAUCCUGAGAAUAGAAUUGCCAAGAAGAUGCUUUUAGAAGAAAUUAAAGCCAAUCUUUCCUCUGAUGAGGAUGGAUCUUCAGAUGAUGAGCCAGAAGAAGGGAAAAAAAGAACUGGAAAGCAAAAUGAAGAAAACCCAGGAGAUGAGGAAGCAAAAAAUCAAAUCAAUUCUGAGUCAGAUUCAGAUUCUGAAGAAUCUAAGAAGCCAAGAUACAGACAUAGGCUUUUGAGGCACAAACUGACUGUGAGUGAUGGAGAAUCUGGAGAAGAAAAAAAGACAAAGCCUAAAGAGCAUAAAGAAGUCAAAGGCAGAAACAGAAGAAAGGUGAGCAGUGAAGAUUCAGAAGAUUCUGAUUUUCAGGAAUCAGGAGUUAGUGAAGAAGUUAGUGAAUCUGAAGAUGAACAGCGGCCCAGAACAAGGUCUGCAAAGAAAGCAGAGUUGGAAGAAAAUCAGCGGAGCUAUAAACAGAAAAAGAAAAGGCGACGUAUUAAGGUUCAAGAAGAUUCAUCCAGUGAAAACAAGAGCAAUUCUGAGGAAGAAGAGGAGGAAAAAGAAGAGGAGGAGGAGGAGGAGGAGGAGGAGGAAGAAGAAGAUGAAAAUGAUGAUUCCAAGUCUCCUGGAAAAGGCAGAAAGAAAAUUCGGAAGAUUCUUAAAGAUGAUAAACUGAGAACAGAAACACAAAAUGCUCUUAAGGAAGAGGAAGAGAGGCGAAAACGUAUUGCUGAGAGGGAGCGUGAGCGAGAAAAAUUGAGAGAGGUGAUAGAAAUUGAAGAUGCUUCACCCACCAAGUGUCCAAUAACAACCAAGUUGGUUUUAGAUGAAGAUGAAGAAACCAAAGAACCUUUAGUGCAGGUUCAUAGAAAUAUGGUUAUCAAAUUGAAACCCCAUCAAGUAGAUGGUGUUCAGUUUAUGUGGGAUUGCUGCUGUGAGUCUGUGAAAAAAACAAAGAAAUCUCCAGGUUCAGGAUGCAUUCUUGCCCACUGUAUGGGCCUUGGUAAGACUUUACAGGUGGUAAGUUUUCUUCAUACAGUUCUUUUGUGUGACAAACUGGAUUUCAGCACGGCAUUAGUGGUUUGUCCUCUUAAUACUGCUUUGAAUUGGAUGAAUGAAUUUGAGAAGUGGCAAGAGGGAUUAAAAGAUGAUGAGAAGCUUGAGGUUUCUGAAUUAGCAACUGUGAAACGUCCUCAGGAGAGAAGCUACAUGCUGCAGAGGUGGCAAGAAGAUGGUGGUGUUAUGAUCAUAGGCUAUGAGAUGUAUAGAAAUCUUGCUCAAGGAAGGAAUGUGAAGAGUCGGAAACUUAAAGAAAUAUUUAACAAAGCUUUGGUUGAUCCAGGCCCUGAUUUUGUUGUUUGUGAUGAAGGCCACAUUCUAAAAAAUGAAGCAUCUGCUGUUUCUAAAGCUAUGAAUUCUAUACGAUCAAGGAGGAGGAUUAUUUUAACAGGAACACCACUUCAAAAUAACCUAAUUGAGUAUCAUUGUAUGGUUAAUUUUAUCAAGGAAAAUUUACUUGGAUCCAUUAAGGAGUUCAGGAAUAGAUUUAUAAAUCCAAUUCAAAAUGGUCAGUGUGCAGAUUCUACCAUGGUAGAUGUCAGAGUGAUGAAAAAACGUGCUCACAUUCUCUAUGAGAUGUUAGCUGGAUGUGUUCAGAGGAAAGAUUAUACAGCAUUAACAAAAUUCUUGCCUCCAAAACACGAAUAUGUGUUAGCUGUGAGAAUGACUCCUAUUCAGUGCAAGCUCUAUCAGUACUACUUAGAUCACUUAACAGGUGUGGGCAAUAAUAGUGAAGGUGGAAGAGGAAAGGCAGGUGCAAAGCUUUUCCAAGAUUUUCAGAUGUUGAGUAGAAUAUGGACUCAUCCUUGGUGUUUGCAGCUAGACUACAUUAGCAAAGAAAAUAAGGGUUAUUUUGACGAAGACAGUAUGGAUGAAUUUAUAGCCUCAGAUUCUGAUGAAACCUCCAUGAGUUUAAGCUCCGAUGAUUAUACAAAAAAGAAGAAAAAAGGGAAAAAGGGAAAAAAAGAUAGUAGCUCAAGUGGAAGUGGCAGUGACAAUGAUGUUGAAGUGAUUAAGGUGUGGAAUUCAAGAUCUCGGGGAGGUGGUGAAGGAAAUGUGGAUGAAACAGGAAACAAUCCUUCUGUUUCUUUAAAGCUGGAAGAAAAUAUUUAUAAAGUGCUUACUAUAUGCCCAGACAUAAGGACGGAACUGAUAAGCCUAAAUGGUAAAGCUACUUCCUCUUCUAAUCCAAGCAGCCCAGCUCCAGACUGGUACAAAGAUUUUGUUACAGAUGCUGAUGCUGAGGUUUUAGAGCAUUCUGGAAAAAUGGUACUUCUCUUUGAAAUUCUUCGAAUGGCAGAGGAAAUUGGGGAUAAAGUUCUUGUUUUCAGCCAGUCCCUCAUAUCUCUGGACUUGAUUGAAGAUUUUCUUGAAUUAGCUAGUAGGGAGAAGACAGAAGAUAAAGAUAAACCCCUUAUUUAUAAAGGUGAGGGGAAGUGGCUUCGAAACAUUGACUAUUACCGUUUAGAUGGUUCCACUACUGCACAGUCAAGGAAGAAGUGGGCUGAAGAAUUUAACGAUGAAACUAAUGUGAGAGGGCGAUUAUUUAUCAUUUCUACUAAAGCAGGAUCUCUAGGAAUUAAUCUGGUAGCUGCUAAUCGAGUAAUUAUAUUUGAUGCUUCUUGGAAUCCAUCUUAUGACAUCCAGAGUAUAUUCAGAGUUUAUCGCUUUGGACAAACUAAGCCUGUUUAUGUAUAUAGGUUCUUAGCUCAGGGAACCAUGGAAGAUAAGAUUUAUGAUCGGCAAGUAACUAAGCAGUCACUAUCUUUUCGAGUUGUUGAUCAGCAGCAGGUGGAGCGUCAUUUUACUAUGAAUGAGCUUACUGAACUUUAUACUUUUGAGCCAGACUUAUUAGAUGACCCUAAUUCAGAAAAGAAGAAGAAGAGGGAUACUCCCAUGCUGCCAAAGGAUACCAUACUUGCAGAACUCCUUCAGAUACAUAAGGAACACAUUGUAGGAUAUCAUGAACAUGAUUCUCUUUUGGACCACAAAGAAGAAGAAGAGUUGACUGAAGAAGAAAGAAAAGCAGCUUGGGCUGAGUAUGAAGCAGAGAAGAAGGGACUGACCAUGCGUUUCAACAUACCAACUGGGACCAAUUUACCCCCUGUCAGUUUCAACUCUCAAACUCCUUAUAUUCCUUUCAAUUUGGGAGCCCUGUCAGCAAUGAGUAAUCAACAGCUAGAGGACCUCAUUAAUCAAGGAAGAGAAAAAGUUGUAGAAGCAACAAACAGUGUGACAGCAGUGAGGAUUCAACCUCUUGAAGAUAUAAUUUCAGCUGUAUGGAAGGAGAACAUGAAUCUCUCAGAGGCCCAAGUACAGGCGUUAGCAUUAAGUAGACAAGCCAGCCAGGAGCUUGAUGUUAAACGAAGAGAAGCAAUCUACAAUGAUGUAUUGACAAAACAACAGAUGUUAAUCAGCUGUGUUCAGCGAAUACUUAUGAACAGAAGGCUCCAGCAGCAGUACAAUCAGCAGCAACAGCAACAAAUGACUUAUCAACAAGCAACACUGGGUCACCUCAUGAUGCCAAAGCCUCCAAAUUUGAUCAUGAAUCCUUCUAACUACCAGCAGAUUGAUAUGAGAGGAAUGUAUCAGCCAGUGGCUGGUGGUAUGCAGCCACCACCAUUACAGCGUGCACCACCCCCAAUGAGAAGCAAAAAUCCAGGACCUUCCCAAGGGAAAUCAAUGUGAUUUUGCACUAAAAGCUUAAUGGAUUGUUAAAAUCAUAGAAAGAUCUUUUAUUUUUUUAGGAAUCAAUGACUUAACAGAACUCAACUGUAUAAAUAGUUUGGUCCCCUUAAAUGCCAAUCUUCCAUAUUAGUUUUACUUUUUUUUAAAAAAUAGGGCAUACCGUUUCUUCCUGACAUUUGUCAGUGAUGUUGCCUAGAAUCUUCUUACACACAUUGAGUACAGAAGAUAUUUCAAAUUGUUUUCAGUGAAAACAAGUCCUUCCAUAAUAGUAACAGCUCCACAGAUUUCCUCUCUAAAUUUUUAUGCCUGCUUUUAGCAACCAUAAAAUUGUCAUAAAGUUAAUAAAUUUAGGAAAGAAUAAAGAUUUAUAUAUUCAUUCUUUACAUAGAAAAACACACAGCUGAGUUCUUAGAGUUGAUUCCUCAAGUUAUGAAAUACUUUUGUACUUAAUCCAUUUCUUGAUUAAAGUGAUUGAAAUGGUUUUAAUGUUCUUUUGACUGAAGUCUGAAACUGGGCUCCUGCUUUUUAUUGUCUCUGUGACUGAAAGUUAGAAACUGAGGGUUAUCUUUGACACAGAAUUGAGUGCAAUAUUCUUAAAUACUACUGCUCUAAAAGUUGGAGGAGUCUUACAGUUAUCUUAGCAUUGUAUAAACAGCCUUAAGUAUAGCCUAAGAAGAGAAUUCCUUUUUCUUCUUUAGUCCUUCUGCCAUUUUUUAUUUUCAGUUAUAUGUGCUGAAAUAAUUACUGGUAAAAUUUCAGGGUUGUGGAUUAUCUUCCACACAUGAAUUUUCUCUCUCCUGGCACGAAAAUAAAGCACAUCUCUUAACUGCAUGGUGCCAGUGCUAGUGCUUCAUCCUGUUGCUGGCAGUGGGAUGUGGACUUAGAAAAUCAAGUUCUAGCAUUUUAGGAGGUUAACACUGAAGUUGUGGUUGUUAGGUUCACACCCUGUUUUAUAAACAACAUCAAAAUGGCAGAACCAUUGCUGACUUUAAGUUCACAUGAGGAAUGUGCUUUAACAAUUCCCAGUACUAUCAGUAUUGUGAAAUAAUUCCUCUGAAAGAUAAGAAUCACUGGCUUCUAUGCGCUUUUCUCUCAUCAUGUUCCUUUACCCCAGUUUCCUUACAUUUUUAAAAAUUGUUUCAGAGUUGUUUUUUCUUUAGAUUUUGAGGCAAUUAUUAAAUCAAAAUUAAUUCAUCCAAUACCCCUUUACUAGAAGUUUUACUAGAAAAUAUAUUACAUUUUAUUUUUUCUUAAUCCAGUUCUGUAAAAAUGACCUAUAAUUUUAUUCAUGUACAAUUUUGAUUACUUGAAUUCUUAAAGAAAACAUUGUUUUUGGCUAUGGGAGUCAACUCAACAUGGCAAAACCAUUUUGAGAUGAUGAUAUAACAGGUAGUGAAACAACUUAAGAAUUCCAGAAAAAAAAAAAAAGAAAAGAAAACUGGGUGUAGGCUUUGCUUUAAGUAUCACUGGAUUAGAAUGAGUUUAACAUUAGCUAAAACUGCUUUGAGUUGUUUGGAUGAUUAAGAGAUUGCCAUUUUUAUCUUGGAAGAACUGGUGGUAAAACAUCCAAGAGCACUAGGAUUGUGAUACAGAAUUUGUGAGGUUUGGUGGAUCCACGCCCCUCCCCCCCACCUUCCCAUGAUGAAAUAUCACUAAUAAAUUCUGUAUAUUUAGAUAUUAUGCUAGCCAUGUAAUCAGAUUUAUUUAAUUGGGUGGGGCAGGUGUGUAUUUACUUUAGAAAUAAUGAAAAAGACAAGAUUUAUGAGAAAUAUUUGAAGGCAGUAUACUCUGGCCAACUGUUAUCAGUUGGUAUUUCUACAAGUUCGGAAUAUUUUAAACCUGAUUUACUAGACCUGGGAAUUUUCAACAUGGUCUGAUUAUUUACUCAAAGACAUAGGUGUGAAAAUUUUAGGCAACCUUCUAAACCUUUUUCAUCAUGGAUGAAACUAUAACUUAAAGAAUAAUACUUAGAAGGAUUAAUUGGAAAUCAGAGUUUGAAAUAAAACUUGGACCACUUUGUAUACACUCUUCUCACUUGACAUUUUAGCUACAUAAUAUGUACUUUGAGUAUAACAUCAAGCUUUAACAAAUAUUUAAAGACAAAAAAAUCACAUCAAUAAAAUACUAAAAGGCUCAUUUUUAUAUUUGUUUUAGAUGUUUUAAAUAGUUGCAAUGGAUUAAAAAUGAUGAUUUAAAAUGUUGCUUGUAAUACAGUUUUGCCUGCUAAAUUCUCCACAUUUUGUAACCUGUUUUAUUUCUUUGGGUGUAAAGCGUUUUUGCUUAGUAUUGUGAUAUUGUAUAUGUUUUGUCCCAGUUGUAUAGUAAUGUUUCAGUCCAUCAUCCAGCUUUGGCUGCUGAAAUCAUACAGCUGUGAAGACUUGCCUUUGUUUCUGUUAGACUGCUUUUCAGUUCUGUAUUGAGUAUCUUAAGUACUGUAGAAAAGAUGUCACUUCUUCCUUUAAGGCUGUUUUGUAAUAUAUAUAAGGACUGGAAUUGUGUUUUUAAAGAAAAGCAUUCAAGUAUGACAAUAUACUAUCUGUGUUUUCACCAUUCAAAGUGCUGUUUAGUAGUUGAAACUUAAACUAUUUAAUGUCAUUUAAUAAAGUGACCAAAAUGUGUUGUGCUCUU